AUGAGACAGAACUUCAUCGGUAUGGUUGUUAGCAAUGCAAUGCAAAAAACAGUGAAAGUCAAAGUAGCAAGGCAAAAAAUUCAUCCUAUUGUUCGCAAGACGAUCAAGUCAUACAAAAAUUAUCUGGUGCAUGAUGAAAAAGAAGCCUGUAAUUUAGGCGAUGUCGUUCGUAUCGAAGCUUGCAGACCUUUGAGUAAACGUAAACAUUUCUCCAUCGCUGAGAUUCUCAAGCAAGCAAAAUAA